AGACAGACGCCAUCGGUUUCACAAUGACAAAUCCAACUGUUGCGGUUCGUUGAAAUUCCACAUCUUUUAUUGUCAUAUUGUUCGCUGUCAGCCACCCUUCAGACAGUCCCUGCUAUAAAACCAAUCCUCUGCUGUGCUUCUCUUGCCUCUUGACCUCAUCACACCCAGCUCUGGCUUACUAUAAACAAACACAGCAGCUAUACACUGUGUGAUCGGCAGAUCAUUUGCUCCUCGGCCCAAACAUUAUCCUCCGACCAAAGCCACCACUUUGGGUCGGCACCGAAGCCAAGAAUACAAGUGGCCGUAGCGGCAGGCGCCUGGAAACAUUCCCCUUCUCUGCAGCUCCUAAUGUUUUCAUUCUUGUAAAAAGCUGGUUUUCUUGGUAAGGCAGCUGAAUGAAUUGUGUAAGGGCCCUUGCAGGGCAGGAUGAGAAGAGUUUCAAAAUGCUGACAAAGACCUUUGGUCAGGAUGUAGUCACAUGGGGGAGGCUAAAGUACUUCACACUUCAUAAUGUUUGCGCAGCAUUGAAAGGAGAAAGGGGGACAGAGGAGAGGUAGGAAGGCACACUAUUCUGUUUGAUUAAAGAUUCAUGGAUUGAUUUAAGCAGGUAUCUCCAGUAGAAGGCGUUUGUGCUAAAAAGUAAAGUUGCAAUAAAAAAAAAUCACUUCUGCAAUGGCUUUUAAGGCUUUCGUAACAUCACAUGUCUAUUCCAAACAAGACGCCUCAAAAGAAAGGGAUAAAUUCAGCGUCCAGUGUGUCGAGUGGUUCGAUAAAAAUCUGUACGUAGGGACAAAACAUGCAGCGGUCCACCAUCUCAUUCUCGAAGGCAGCAAAAGUGAAAAUCCGAGUCCUGACCAGACAAAGACCAGAGAGUGUCGCUCCAGAAAACUGGGAUCCAGCAACGCAGUGGUCCAGCUUCGAGCAGUCCCACAUUUCAACCAUUUGCUGGUUCUCUGGGACCGAAGCAUCACUGCACUGAACAUGUUCUCCCUGGAGUCUGUCCCCACCAUGAAGAAAAUCCAGCAGGUGUCGCUGUUUGAGGUGAGCAAAAGUGAAGAAGGAGAAGUUUUGAUGGUGACCUCCUCUAGCCGCAGGAAGGUGAUUCACAUCCACCUGGUGAGAGUGGACAGGUGGGAGCUGGUAAAGGAAGUGGCUCUCCAGCAGGAUCCUGUGGCUCUGGCAGUAGAUGGCGCCACUCUGUGUGUGGCCACCUGUGACAGGUAUCUCCUCUGUGAUAUGGAGACCGGGAGAAGUGAGGAGCUGUUUCCUCACCAUCACAACAAACAACGCAUCAUUGUUUCCUCAGCUGGACAAGGGGAGUUUUUAAUGAACGGACCGGAGUCGUUGGGCAUGUUUGUAACGAAGGCAGGGACGUGUCAGCGUCCUCCGCUGCAGUGGUCUCUAGAGGUCCAGGCAGCCAGAGUGUGUUUCCCUUACGUCCUCACUUUGCAGCCACACAUGUUGUUUGUUUACAGCAUAUUAGAUCAGCGGCACAAACAGACUGUGAGUCAGCAUGGAGCCAAGGGUUUGCUCUCAACACCAGACGGUGUCAUAGUGUUCACAGAAACAGACAUUUUCAUUCUUCACCCGGUGCCUGUAGCAGAGCAGAUCCAAGCACUGGUGGGAGAGAAGCGAGUCCAGGAGGCGUUAACGCUGCUGGAAGGAGUUCAACGUCAUCAACCACUUGACUCGUACAAGGAGCUGCAGAAGGCCGUCACCUGUCUCGCUGGAUUUGCUCACUUUUACCAGCAGGAUUUUUCCGAGGCCAAAGAUUUAUUCAUAAAAGGCGACCUUGAUCCCAGAGAAAUCCUCCUCCUCUACCCUGACCUGAGACAGUGUCUCAGCGAAGACUUUCAGUCCCAGCUUCAUCAACACCCCAAAGACCAAGAUCUGCAGCUGCUCUGGGCAGAAGACACAAACACAUACACUCAUUACUUAAACUUCCUGAGAGAUUUUCUCCUCGCUGUCAGAGGCACAGAGCAGGACCUGAGGUGCACUGCAGAGGUGGACUGCGCCCUCCUGAGGCUGUACACGGAACUGAGGGACACUGAGCGUCUGCGGGAGUUGGUUUCACUUCCCAAUGAGUGCAGACUGGACUACUGUGUUCCUGUUCUGGAACAACAGCACAGAUUCUUUGCUCUGGGAUGUCUUUAUCAAAGUCAUGGGAAACAAAUGGAGGCACUCGAGACCUGGAUGAAGAUUGUAGAUGGGUUAGACGAAGACCCCUCUUGUUCAGAUGUAUAUGGUCACAUCAUCGUCACACUCAGUGAACUGAAAGACAAAGGGACUGUGUGGAAGUGUGCAGACUGGACUCUGCAGAAAAAUCCAGAGAUUGCAGUACGGAUCUUCACCAGGCGUCUGCCACGUGAUUUAUUGGAGACACAAGACGUCCUGACUUUCUUGGAGAAAUACCUAGUGGCGUUAAUUUUGUAUCUCGAGUUCCUAAUAAAUGAUUUGUGCAGCGAGGAGGAAAGCCAUCACAACCGUCUGGCCCUGGCAUAUGUUACUCAGACGCUGCAGAAGGAAGAGGAAGAAGAUUUGAACCCCACCAUAGGGAAGUUACAGCAUCUGCUGUGGGAAUCUGAAUUCUACGACAUUUCCACAGUGUACGAGGCAGUGAAGUCAACAGCCCUGCACAGUGUGAAAGCCAUUCUCCUUGGAAGGCUUGGGAAACAUUCUCAGGCUCUGCAGGUGCUCGUACACCAGGAGCAGAACCUUCAGGCUGCUCUGGUGUACUGCCACAGAGCUUCCAGAGACCAGGAGCCUCAGUUCAAACAGGCCCUGAUGAUGGACCUGCUCCAAAUCUAUCUGGACUCUGAGGAACUAAUCAACAAUGCGGUCGAUCUUCUGAAUGACAACCCUCAGGCCUUCACUGCUCAGACAGUCAUCCAGCUGCUGCCGGACUCCUGGUCCGUUCAGCUCCUCUCUCGGUUCUUAGUCAGAUCUGUGAGGACAACUGUCCACCAGAGGAGGAUGGUGAAGCUACAGAAGAUGCUGGUCCAGGCAGAACUCCGGCGGCACAAGGUCGCUUGGCAGAUGCAGGCCUCAAAAAUGAAAUUCAGCCUGGGCAAGGAACAGGCAUGUAAGGUCUGUCAGACGGUCAUCGCAGAGCCAGCGUUUGCAUGUAAUUCUCAUGGUGAUAUUGUGCACAUUAGCUGCUCAGGAAUGAUUUAACACCAUAAGAACAAUGAUGGACCAUUCAGAGGUUUUUUACCCAUUGUUUUAUAUAUAUAUAUAUUUCAAAUUAGGCUCUUGGCUCAAAUCACUAAAGGAAGAACUGUGAAAGGUGAUGGAUAAUUCUAAAAUUCUGAGUGACUAAAUUGAGAAACAAAAUUGUUUCCCCAGAUACAUUUUGAGUCACUAGUGACCCCUAGUCCUAGUCACUGACAAAGUUCAAAUCAGGUCUGUCAUAUGUCUUCAUGAUUUCAAGUUUGACUUAUCGAAGAUACUGUAUAUUUGGGCAGAGACUCAUCCCCAGCACUUCUAGCCAAAAUCAGAGACACAAAAAAUUGGAAUCAGGAGUCGAGUCGAGUCUGAGUCGAUUCCAGUCUUUAGAAAAAAGUGAAUCCACAAGAAAAAGUUUGAAUUAGUUGAAUAAAAGUGAGUCUCUGCUGAGUUGUGCUGAACUUAUAGGGGUUUAAUGUGCAUUCAAGUCCAAGUCCAAGUCCUCAGUUGUUUAGUACUAGUCACUACAGAACUCAAGUCUUUUCUACAUCACUGUGAGAUACAGUAUUGGAGUAUUUCCAGGCAGGAAGAGUGUGCCCUAAGUCCGAGUGUGUCAUCUAUUCCAACACUUCACAGGCAGACACGUUUCUCAAUACUAGAAGGAGCAAAUAACUGGUUUCCAAAAUAUAAAAGAGCCUACUUUGCCCUUUUCCAGUUCAGCAGAGUCCUCGAGACACUGUGGACAGCAAUAACUACCAUAAAGUGGAUUGUAGAGGACAUGCGGGGACAUAUAGUCACUGAUCAGACGCUGGAGUUUUACAUGGAAACCACCUGUGGUCACACAAUCGACCUUCCUCCACUGCCUUCUAUAUGCAUCCCCACCAUCAUGGUUUCCACUGACUGUGUUAAUUUGCCUGAAUAGAGCUGAAUAUAGAAAGUCAACACACAGCACUUUUUUUUUUUUCAAAUUCAGCCUGUGCAUUAAUAAACCUUUAUGUGAUGGUUUGCAAGUCAACAGUUGGACGAAGUGCAGAGUUCAUUUCAAGUCAGCAUCUUUAUGAUGUGUUUGUUUAUUCCAGGGACUGUGAAGAUCAGAGAACAGUUUCUCUUCUACCUUCUUCAUCCUCAUAUGAUUAGUGAGCAUCGUGGAUAUAAAUAACAACAGAUAUAUAAAAUAAUCACACAGGGGCUUGUGUGUCCACAACACAGUAUGUUAUUUUGUUUAUAAACUUAAACACAUAUCAUUAGUCACAUGACAGCGGUCUGAAGAUUUGUUUAUUUCUGUCAGAAUUUAAUCACCCUGGCUAACCCCAAAUGCCAGCAUUUCUUUAUACUGAUGCAUUUGGGGACAAGCGUUGAGAAAACGCCUAAGGAGGCUGGAACGGGGACUUGGCUUUAGGUUCUUGGCUUUCUGUGAGUGACUAAUUGCAAUGUAGAUAAAUUAGGAAAAAUUAGUAUGUUGGACGAGAUCAUCCCAUCAGUUUCCUUGUGCCAAAGUUUCUCCCUAAUAAGGUUGAGUAAGGUCACAUUUCUUAUUGUUGCCCCUGAGGAAAAUAGGAAAUGUUUGAUAAAGCUCUUAGAAAUAUAACUGGAGCCAAACUUUUCAGAUACCGGGGAAUAAUACAAAAGCUUUUUGUAAAUUUACAUUAUUGUACUACAUUUUUGAUUACAUCAAAAGCUGUUUUUGCAACACUGAAAAUCACACAAAACAAUCUCUUACUGGGCUGUUGAAUAUAAUUAGAUUGAUAAAAGAUAAAAGUUAGAAGUUAGGCUUGAAACGGGUUAGAUAGAUGUAAAUUAAAGUAGCAAAAACAAAAAGGGAUUAGCCCCUAGGUUUAGCUGCUAACCUAAUCAUAAGAGGCUAACCUACUGCUAAUCCAAAAUUAUGUGUAAAUAAAUAUGAUUCAAGGUAAAGUUAAUACAGAAUUACUGUAGUCAGAUGCAGGAAAAUAAACUACGCACAUUGAGACUAAAGUUAGACCAAAAGAUAUCCUAAUAUUAGCCAAAACAUUGCUAAAAGUAGAAAACAUGAUAAAGUAACGUUAGCAAACAAACUUGGGGCUUUGCUAAAAAUGUCAAGGCUGCCAUCUUUAGCCAUUCCUGACAAAAAGGCAACGCUAACUGAAUAUAAGACAGAGGAAAACUGGUAGCUCAAAAAUAGGAGCUAGCCACUAAGAUUUAUACUGUAACAAUAUUAAAUUUGCCCAGAAACAGCUCAGAGACUAAUACAUAAACAAUGCAGAAAUAGCUAAAAGUUAGCCAAAAAUAUAAUGUCAUGUUAUCACAGACAUUAAUAAAACUAAAAUAAGAUGAGAUAAAGAAAUGAGAACAGAAUAAAAAAAAAAAAAACAACAAAUGACCAAUAAAACUAAUUAAACUGGAUGCAGAUAAAGGAUUAAUUUUAUCAUUCAGGCAAAAACUAUUUUUAUAGAUUUAUUCUCAUUUAUCCUCUUUUUAAAUUCUGUGUUUUAGUUGAUGUGUACUAGCUGUAGUAUUGUACUAGGUUUAUAUUAAACCAAAUCUACUCUUUCUUAAGUAUUUGGGUCCUUUUGACCUGCAUUUUUAUGAACAUAACUAGAACUAAAAUACUAAUACUGUACUAUUUUUACCUGCCCUGUUUCAUUAAAUGCCAUUGCAACAUAAUGUUGUUAAACACACAUGUGUAAGAAUAGGAAACUCAAAAAGUAAAAGCCAUGGUUUGCAGGCUUUUAAGACCAAAAAAAAGGCCUUUCACAGAUUUAUAUAAACACUGAGGUAGUGCUGUUCAGUGACUGGCCCAGCCCCCGGGCCGGACCUGAUGACCAGUGACCACUGGGUGGACCUGUGGCCCGAGGUCACUACUUCCCUCCCUUCUCAGACAUCCUCAGGGAGACAUUAAUGUUGUUUUGACCACUUGAGGUCAUGCUGUGUCCUAAAAAAAUAACUUCAUGUUUGAUGUUGACCAACAGCCCUGUGUAACCAGGAGGUGAAAAUACACAGAGAGAAGUACAAAUACACACCCAGAGGAAUAAAAAAAAAACAUGUUAGAUUAACAAGAUUAAAAACAUUUUUUCCAUUACUUUUCUUAUCUGAUGCAAGUCAUAAUUAACGGUCUCUCUUCAGUGAACACCAGAGCUUGUUGCCUGAGCAGGACUGGACACUUCAGAACACCCUGGGGUGUGGGCCAGAUGGUCAUUUUACACAUGAGGGGAAUGAAUUGGAUGCAAAAGUCAACAGUUGGAGGAAAGUAUGGUAGGUACCCAGACAUUGGUCUCCCAUUAUAAAUAUCCAUGUCACCACAGAGCUGGUGCUGGGAGAGAAAAUAGGAACAGUUUCUUCCUGUGCUUUUCUAAAUUUGAGGUAAAAUAUGUCUGCUGUCUGGACUGUAGGAUGUCAUUGUUUACAUAUUAACAUGGUUUUUAUUGGGGGAGGAAGCAGUAAUGAAACGCACUGCACCAUUUUACCUAUUGAGCACGGAAUACAAAUAAAUGAUUCCUCGGAUUGUGGUCACUUUUUCACAGUUCAUUAUUUAAUGUUUUUUUUUAACUUGGUUCAUAAUUUAGGGGGAAACUGUCUUUUUUAUAACACGUUACAGUGCUGUUCACAGUCAACAACUCACUUAAAAAUAGACCAAGUUGUUCCCAGACCUUUCAAGCAGCGCCAUCUUUUGGUAUGUAUCUAUUGUCGAACCACCAACACUCAACUCUGACGCAGUUACAGUUUUUCGUCAGAAUUCUACUGCAUGUUAUUUAAACACUUUGAUUCCUUGAACACUUUAAACCUCCAUGAAAAAGAAAAAAAAUAUCAAAAAUAUCCACACAAAUUAUCAUUUCA